GCUAGCUGCAAAUAUACGCAAUAUCAAAGAGCAGCUGUAUCAACCCUAAACUGCUCUUUCCCUUUGUUCGACUUCGCCGAAGAACGGCAGCUCUCAGUCUAAAAUCGAUCUCAGUAUCAACCCUAAAAUCGAUCUCAGUCUCUCCCUCUCGUUCUGCUCUGUUCGAUCCCUCUCGUUCUGCUCUGUUCGACUUCGGCGAAGAACGGCACCUCAGGCAGUACGUUCUGCUCUGUUCGACUUCGGCGAAGAACGGCAGCACGAAAUAUGGAGAGUUCAAGAGAUUUGGCGGUGGGGACAGUGGCUGUGGGCCCUACUUGUCAGAUUCAUGAAACCUUACAUUGAACCCAUUCACAUCAAGAAAUAUGCUGGAAAACGAGUUGGUAUUGAUGCAUAUUCAUGGCUUCACAAAGGAGCAUAUUCUUGUAGUAUGGAGCUGUGUUUAAACUCAGAUGGUGAGAAGAAAUUGAGAUACAUUGAUUACUUUAUGCAUAGAAUCAAUUUACUUCGACAUCAUAAGAUAACUCCAGUGGUUGUUUUUGAUGGUGGUAAUGUACCUUGUAAAUCUACAACUGAGCAAGACCGCCAUAGGAGAAGAAUAAGUAAUCGCGAAAUAGCAAUGGCAAAGCUUAAAGAAGGCAAUGUUAGUGCAGCUACUGAGUUCUUUCAGGUAAUUUGGCUUAAUUUCCCCAUUUUUGUGGAACUUGCAAUUGUUGUGUUUAGAUGGCUUUUGAAUAAUGUUUUUAUUGGAUGUAGUGUGUCCUUAGUCUUUCAAGUUAGCUGGUGAGUACUUUGGUUUUGAUUUACAUUAUGCACACUAUGUUAGACUGUGGUCUUUUGCACAAAAAAUGUUUGAAAAUAUUGAAUCAUUUAUAAAGAAAUGUCUUUAAUUAAGUAGGCUCUUAGUUGGAUUAAGGAUCAGUCUUGGCCAAAGGUGGAGUUUGAAUCUAACUGCCUGGUAGUCAUUGAGGAUUGUCGCAAGAUACUUUGUUCUCUAAACAAUGUUUCUUUGUUUUUUCAUUAAAUGAUAUGUUAAUAUGGUGAUAAUUGGUUUGCUAUAGCGUCAUGUUCUUUUCUAGAUUGAGUUUUCAAUAAGAGUUUUCAAUAAUUAAUCCAUGUCAAUUCUAUAUUUCCUAGUUGAUUUCAAUGCAUAUUGUUUUAGUGAAAUAGUAUAGAAAUUUAUUCAAACCUGUUUGUGUGUACCCACUCCUUGUAUCCUUUUUGAAAUUCUUUGAAACACCUCACCAAUUGAAACACCUGAAGGGAUUUUUUAAUUAACAAUCUAAUCAAUGCAAGAUUAUAAUGUCAAUCAUGAUAUAUAUCAAAUAUCAUUUAGCUCAUACCUUUAUACAACUAUGGCACUUAAUUGCUCUUUAGAUUUGUUGAGGCUGUUGAGGCAAAUUAAGGUUUUUGAGAGAAAAAAAAAAUCGUUAACAGUGAAUGUGAAUAGAGUAAAGAAAAAAAAAUGACGAUAAAAAUUAAUGUAUGGUAUAUAUAUACAUACACGUAUUUAUUUAAAAACCGAAUUCAAAUUUUAAUUUUUGAAAUUUUUGUUAUUUUUUAACCUUGUUUUGUGGGAUACUUAUCUUUUUUUGAAAUUUAAAUUUAAAUUACUCUGUCCAGAUUGUUUGUUUAUAAUUAAUGUUUUUAUCUUAUUUUAAAUCUUAUAAUAAAUGUUUGCUAGGAUAUACGUCUUUUUUUCCUUUAUUUUUGGAUAAAUUAAAUUUAAUAUUCUUAAGUUGUUUGUUAAUUUUAUAACUAAAAUGUUCUACAUUUGUGGUUUAAUUAUUUAUAGGUAUAAUUUUUAAUUUAAAAAUACAUUAAUUAAACUGAAAAAUUAAUUUUUGAUCAAAAAUUAAACUGAAUUUUUGAUUUAAUUUUUGUCACCUACUGCUGCUAUGAUGACGUUUCUGCUGUGAAAAAGGUUGGAUGUUGCUCUGCAUAGUUUGUGGAAUAAAAAGUCCUAGUGUAAUAUUUUCUUGUUAUUAAAUGGAAGUAAUUAUAAAAAUUAGUUAAAUACUAAAUGUAAAAGAUGAUUGCUCUUGUUGUUUCUAGUCUAGUCUCUCAUUAUCAGCUGCCUUUUACUUUGUUUAUUUCACAACUGAAGCAGCACAGGUGGCCUUAUGUAAUUCAGCUUCUCUCUCUCCCUCUCUCAUUUCUGUGCUGUUUUUUCUUUGGCUUUCUUGGCCUGAAUUUCUACUUCAAACAUUGGAUGGUAGGGGUUUAUCUCUGAUCCAUGUCUCUGUUACAUGCUUGUGCUUUUCUCUGUCUUAAUUCUUCAGAUGGAUUCUCUUUGAUAUUUUCUUGCUUUCGAUUCUGGGUAAUUUCAGCAAGCAGGACCUUUUUCCCAGCAAAUGUUUGUUGCCCCUACUCAAUUAUGGAAUAAACAAGUACAUUCUGUGAUCUUGUUUGUGCUACAUUUUUGGUGAUGUUUGUGCAAAUUGUCAUAACGUAGAUUAGAGACUUAUCCAUUGUCAAAUUUUAUUUAUUUAUGUUUUAAAGUCAUAGCAUAGUUGUUGUAUCUAUCCAUGGAACUGAAGUGUUCCCUGUGUCUCUGUCUGUAUGUAUAUUGUUGGCUUUAUGAGAAGACUCCUUUUAAAAGUUGUUUGCUGAAUUUUUUUUACUGUUAAAUAUUCUCCUGUACCAGUUUAAAACAAAUUUAAAAAGCAUAUAUAUAUAGCUUAAUAUACUGUUCCUACUAGUGAUUGGGCAUGGAUUGUGUUAUUUAUUAAUGUAAAUAAUUUCGAUAUAUAAUUGUCAGCAUGAGCUAUAUCGUUCUUGCUUCGAUCUCGUCCAUCUUCUUCUAAUCCAAUGAUGAAGCUAGCAAACAAAAUGUAACCAUAUAUAUAUGGUCGACAUAAUACG